AUGUCCAGUGGGGGCAGGUUUAAUUUUGACGAUGGCGGGUCCUACUGCGGAGGCUGGGAGGACGGCAAGGCGCACGGCCAUGGGAUCUGCACCGGCCCCAAGGGCCAAGGAGAGUACACCGGCUCGUGGAGCAACGGCUUCGAGGUGCUGGGCGUCUACACCUGGCCCAGCGGGAACACGUACCAGGGCACCUGGGCGCAGGGCAAGCGCCACGGCGUCGGCCUGGAGAGCAAGGGGAAGUGGGUGUACAAAGGCGAGUGGACGCACGGAUUUAAGGGGCGCUACGGGGUGCGGGAGUGCACGGGCAACGGGGCCAAGUACGAAGGCACCUGGAGCAACGGACUGCAGGACGGUUAUGGCACCGAGACGUAUUCGGACGGAGGUACGUACCAGGGCCAGUGGGUCGGCGGCAUGCGCCAGGGCUACGGCGUGCGGCAGAGCGUCCCCUACGGCAUGGCGGCGGUCAUCCGCUCGCCCCUGAGGACGUCCAUCAACUCCCUGCGCAGCGAGCACACCAACGGCAGCGCGCUGCUCCCCGACGCACCCCCCGCCGUGGCCGGCAGCCCGGCCAUGUCCCGCGGCGGCUUCGUGCUGGUGGCGCACAGCGACUCCGAGACCCUCAGGAGCAAGAAGAAGGGGCUGUUCCGGAGGUCCCUGCUCAGCGGCCUGAAGCUGCGCAAGUCCGAGUCCAAGAGCAGCCUGGCCAGCCAGCGCAGCAAGCAGAGCUCCUUCCGCAGCGAGGCGGGCAUGAGCACCGUGAGCUCCACGGCCAGCGACAUCCACUCCACCAUCAGCCUGGGUGAGGGCGAGGCCGAGCUGGCCGCGGACGACGACAUCGACGCCACCACCACCGAGUCGUACGUGGGCGAGUGGAAGAGCGACCGGCGGGCGGGCUUCGGCGUCAGCCAGCGCUCGGACGGGCUCAGGUACGAGGGCGAGUGGGCCAGCAACAAACGCCACGGCUACGGCUGCAUGACCUUCCCCGACGGCAGCAAGGAGGAGGGCAAGUACAAGCAGAACGUCCUGGUCAGCGGCAAGCGCAAGAACCUCAUCCCGCUGCGGGCCAGCAAGAUCCGCGAGAAGGUGGACCGUGCCGUGGAGGCCGCCGAGCGCGCCGCCACCAUCGCCAAGCAGAAGGCCGAGAUCGCCGCGUCCAGGACCUCUCACUCCCGGGCCAAGGCCGAGGCCGCGCUGACGGCGGCCCAGAAGGCCCAGGAGGAAGCGCGGAUCGCCAGGAUCACUGCCAAAGAGUUCUCACCGUCCUUCCAGCACCGGGAGAAUGGGCUCGAGUGCCAGCGGCCGAAACACCGGAGCUCGAGCGAGGACCUGGAGGUGGCUUCGGCAGGGACGCCCCUGCCACCGGAGAGCCCCGAGCUGUACCGGAAGGGAACCACGCCCUCGGACCUGACCCCCGACGACAGCCCCCUGCAGAGCCUCCCCACCAGCCCAUCUGCCAGCCCACCGGCCCCCACCGCCCGGAACAAGAUGGCCCACUUUUCCCGCCAGCUGUCGGUGGACGAGGAACGGGACAUCCAGGUGCUGCUGGAGGGCCGGGGCGGGGACUGCGCCCGCAACAGCUGGGCUGACGACAAGGCUGGGGGCCCGAGGGGCGGCCGGGGUGCCACACGAGGCGGCCAGCUGACAGACGACCACCGUGCCCGGGGCCCCGGCCACAGGCAGCCUGGCAACCCCCGGCCCCGGGAGCGACGGACGGAGUCGCCCCCUGCCUUUACGUGGACUUCCCACCCGCGGGCCGGCAACCCCGGCUGUGGGGGCAGCGCGCUGAUGGCACUGGACGAGGAACGGCUGAGCAGCUACGAGAUGGAGAUGAAGCCGCUGCUGCGGGUGGACGCGGCCUCGCAGGACGCCCACCCCCAGAAGAGACGCUACGGCAAGGGGUGCGCGGGCCGGGGCGCGGCAGAGGAGCGGGCCUUUGGGGCUCAGCGGCCGCGAGCCCGCGCACAGAACAAGGAGAACGUGCGGCCGCCCGGGGAGCCCGCGGUGCAGAAGCUGGAGAGCCUGCGCCUGGGCGCAGACAAGGCCGAGCCGCGCCUGCUGCGCUGGGACCUCACCUUCUCCCCGCCGCAGAAGUCCCUGCCGCUGGCCCUGGAGUCGGACGAGGAGACUGGGGACGAGCUCAAGUCCAGUGCGGGCUCGGCGCCAAUCCUGGUUGCCAUGGUGAUCCUGCUCAACAUCGGAGUUGCCAUUUUGUUUAUUAACUUUUUCAUCUGA